GGGAGAAGUCGCAGCCUCCCCAAAAUUCCAGAGGACCUAGGGGGCACUUGGCACUAGAAGCUGCCCGAAUUUGAAGGUCGUGGGUGCAGGGGUUGGGGCGCAAAAGGGGUUCGAAGGGGGCCGAGCGGUCGGCGCGCAUCAGGCUGAAAAUGUAGAAGUGGGCUUUGGUCCGGCGUCUGAAACGAAGUUUGUGUCGAUGUCUCAGUAACGCGCGCGGUCGCGUUUGUUGCAUACGUUAAGACAGUGAGAGUGUGGCCCGGAAGGGGUAGACGGUCGAUAUGAUCGACCGCAGACUAGGGUACCUGGUCCUGCUGAUAGCUAUAUUUAGUGGUGUUAGCUCGCAAUUUCUUAGCAAAUAUCCUACCGAGAACCGAACGGGACUCUACGGAAGAACUCAAUUAGGAGGAAUCAGGAAUAGGUAUUACGGCAGGUACAGGAAUGGUGAAGUCAGCUCGCCAGACAACAGCCGAUAUCCUGAAAAUAUAGUCGCUAGUCCCGAUUCUACAGAAUAUAGGGAAGAUCGUCGGUAUGAAGAAUCCAGGUCAGAAUCAGAACAUAGGGGAGAUCAGGACCUAGAUGGAGAUGCUGCCCAAGGCGAAUACGGCGCCUCAAAUGCCGAAUACGAAGCAGGAAGACGGCGAACUGGGUACGAAUCCACCCUAACCGAUGAAUACGUAACAUCUGCCCCCGAUUCACCAAACUAUGCCAACUCUCUGCCUCGAGAAUACGAUGAUCGAUCCAGGACGUACAGCCAAUCAGGCUCAUACGGAAGUCAAUCGCGAUCUUACGGCGCCCAGUCAGGCUCCUCGGAAGGUCAGCCUGGAUCCUACGGAGCUCAACAAGGAUCAUCAUAUGAAAAUCGACGUCAACAAGGAUAUCCUGCAGGUCAGCCAGGAGGCUACAGCGGCCAAUCAGGUUCAUCGUAUAGCAGUCAAUCGAGGUCAUAUGGAGGCCAAUCUGGAUCCCCAGGAAGUCAACCAGAAAACCCUGAAGGUCAAUCAGGGUCCUAUGGAAGUCGAUCUGGAUCAUCGUAUGAAAAUCGAUCAGGAUCUUACGCAGGGCAAUCAGGAUCACCAACUGGACCACCGGGAUACUACGAGCGCUCAGAGUCAUCUUAUGAGAGCAGAUCAUCUUAUGGAGGUCAACCUGGGUCAGCUGGAUCGUCGUUAUCCGAAUCGGGAUCAUAUGGAGGUGAAGGAAGAGUUGAUGGACAGUCUGGAUCAUCGUAUGAAGGUAGAAAAGUUGCUUAUGGGGGAUAUGAAAGCAGUCCUUAUGCCAAUCGAAGGCCGUACUCUAGCAGCUAUGACAUCUUCGAUUCUCCUGGAAGAGGAAGAAAUGGUAGUGAGAAGUGUUUGCCCAAGUGUUUCGCUGAAAAAGGAAAUAGAGGAUUUCCUGGUGUUCCCGGUCUUCCUGGUGAUAAAGGACAGAGGGGUUUCCCUGGUGGAGAAGGCAUGAUGGGAGACAAAGGAGAUAAGGGCGAAGCCGGUAUCUUAGGACCCCGAGGUCCGAAAGGAGAAAGAGGAAAGACUGGUGUUCCUGGAUUCCCAGGUCUCCAUGGUAUACCCGGAAUCCAAGGUCCACCAGGUUCUCCUGGUAUUCCUGGUAUGGACGGUUGCAACGGGACCGAUGGUCUUCCUGGCGUCGAUGGUUUCCCUGGCCAGCCAGGACCAAGAGGUAUGCCGGGAAUUAUUGGAAUCAAGGGAGAGCGUGGAGAAGAUGCCCACUGCGAGAUCACGUUGAAGGGACAGAAGGGAGAACCAGGACGGGACGGUGUGACAGGUCCAGCGGGAAACCCCGGACCACUGGGACCGUCUGGAUUGCCUGGACCUCAAGGAGAAUUUGGAGCUACUGGUCCUCGCGGUCCUCCGGGCUCCAAGGGUCAAAAGGGUUCCAUGGGCGUAGGCUUCUAUGGGCCGAAAGGAGAAAGAGGGGGCAGGGGGCCACCUGGAGAAAAGGGAGACCCGGCUGACGGGCAUCACGGACAGAACCAGACGGCCAUUUUGGGACCGAAGGGCGACAAGGGCAGGACGGGGGAUACGGGCGACUACGGGUUCCCCGGGCAGAAGGGUGAGCCAGGGCCGGACGGGGACUACGGAUUGGCGGGUUCCAUCGGGAUGAAGGGAGAGAAAGGGCUGUCUGGUGCACCAGGUCCUAGAGGCAGAGACGGCUUCGCCGGCCCUCCGGGUCCCCCGGGCCAGAAAGGAGACCGCGGCCUCUCAGGAAUCCCCGGAUUGGCCGGACGACCAGGACUGAAGGGCGAGCCAGGAAGGGACGGACCGUCGGGCCAACUGGGGCUGACAGGCCCGCCCGGCCCGCCAGGUGGCGGGAAGGGCACCCCAGGGGCGCCAGGACCGCAUGGCCCGAGAGGGUAUCCGGGUCCCAUGGGUCCCAAGGGGUUGGACGGAUUCCCUGGAGAGCCCGGAGCGCGAGGACCGGUGGGACCCACUGGAGGACCUGGGUUACCUGGAACACCAGGUCCUGAGGGAGCACCUGGUGAAAAGGGAGAACAAGGACUGUCUGGAGUAACAGGACUACCAGGAAAUGACGGGCCUAGGGGCUUCCCUGGCCCUAUGGGUCCACAGGGUCUGCGAGGACUGACAGGAGAGAAGGGACUAUCUAUAAUGGGCCCCAAAGGCGAAGACGGCGAGAACGGGCGCGACGGUCAGAAGGGCCUGAAGGGCGAGAAGGGCUUCAGCGGCCCCAGAGGCACGCCCGGCGACGCCCUUAACGGCAUCCCCGGCUACACCGGCCCCACGGGGCCUCAGGGCGAGAAGGGCAACCAGGGUCGACCCGGCGUGCCCGGCGCCUCCGGGAUUCCGGGUGCCAAGGGCGACGUGGGCGGCCGCUGCUUCGACUGCCUGCCCGGCCUGAAGGGCGACAAGGGCGAUAGGGGGGUGGACGGCAGGGACGGAGACGUAGGGCCGAGGGGGCCACCCGGCCCGCCCGGUUUCAUGGGGUCGGCGGGAGUGGAUGGGGUGCCCGGGAAGAACGGACUUCCUGGACAACCGGGUAGAGACGGUAAUGAUGGAAGCCCCGGAUUGCCUGGUAAUCCAGGAUUGCCAGCCGAAGUGCCGCUCAACCUGAUGAAAGCCGAAAAGGGAGACAAAGGUCUGCGUGGACGAGAUGGGGGCCCCGGUCCAAAGGGUUUCCCGGGUCCCUACGGACCCAAAGGAAAUGCCGGUCUACCUGGAAUGCCUGGAGAGAGAGGAGAAAAAGGAUACGAAGGCUUCCCCGGACUCGAAGGAAAAUCAGGAGAACCCGGAAUACCCGGAAACAAAGGUAUGAAAGGAGAAAGUAUCUAUGGAGAAGACGGCGAACAAGGUGACAAAGGAGAGACAGGAGAAAGAGGUAAAGAUGGAUUACAAGGACCUAUUGGACCACCAGGAAAAUGCCCACAAAACUUGAUCGAAGCUCUGAAAGGCAACAAAGGAGUGAUGGGCCAGAAAGGAGAUAGAGGCUUCCCGGGCAGACCCGGAGAUAGAGGAGACAAAGGUGAACAAGGAAACCUAGGACCGAUGGGCCCAACCGGUCAGGAGGGCCCACCAGGUCCUGUGGGACGAAGAGGUCUGCCAGGGCCCAGAGGCGACAAAGGUGAUAUCGGUCCCAUGGGAUUCCUAGGGGAACCUGGACGUGAUGGUUCACCAGGUUUUCCAGGUAUAUCAGGAGCCAAGGGAACUAAAGGAGAAGCAGGUAUACCUUCUGUGGGACCCCCAGGACCACCUGGGCCAAUUGGUUUCAGAGGCGAGAAAGGUUUGCGUGGAUUCCCCGGUAAAACAGGUGCAAGAGGUAACGACGGUAUGAUCGGUAUUAUGGGCGAAAAAGGAGACUUUGGUGAACCAGGACAAAACGGCUUACCCGGACCAGCCGGCGAAAAAGGUGAAGCAGGUCCAGUCGGCCCAGCUGGUUUGGAUGGCACUCCAGGACGACCUGGCCCACCAGGAUCGAAGGGUGAACCGGGACUGAGAGGAGAAACUGGGCGAACAGGUUUGGCCGGUUUCCCUGGAUUGAAGGGAGAAAGCGGUAUCCCUGGUCCAGCUGGACUGAAAGGUUUCAAAGGAGUAAUUGGCAGACCAGGAGCCACUGGCAUACCUGGUAUGGAUGGCAUGUCAGGAAUACCUGGUGAAAAAGGAGAACGCGGAUUCCCAGGACUACAAGGUCCACCAGGACUAAUUGGAAUGCCAGGAGAAAAGGGGAUCCAAGGUCUUAAAGGAGAUAUGGGACCAUUUGGGCCUCCAGGACUCCCAGGACCUCCUGGUCUAGUUGGUCUUAAAGGUCAAUCUGGUUAUCCUGGAAAUCCUGGAGCGAAGGGUGAACCAGGAAGUGCAUCCGAGAAGGGUCAAAAGGGAGAACAUGGUAUUCCAGGGUUGAGAGGAGCAGAAGGGCUACCUGGCCUGCGAGGAUUGUCUGGAGACAAGGGAGAUUCAGGUUUACCUGGAAGGAGCAUACCUGGAGUACCAGGUGAAAAAGGUGAUCAAGGCCCUGAAGGUUUGGAUGGACUACCUGGAGUACCAGGUUCGAAAGGUGACAAAGGCCUGGCUGGGUUCCCUGGACCUAAAGGAGACAGAGGAUUCCCUGGUGAAACUGGACCACCUGGCUUAGAUGGAGUUGAUGGAAUUCCUGGAGAACGUGGAGAUACUGGUCCAACCGGUGCACCAGGAUAUCCCGGAGAAAAGGGCGAUAAAGGUUUCGCUGGUAUCAAUGGGUACGAAGGACUGAAGGGAGACAGAGGUUUAUCAGGACCACCUGGACCAAUUGGGUUCCCUGGAGAGAAAGGAGAUUUUGGAGAUAGAGGUUUACCAGGACCAUUGGUGCAGGUUAAAGGUGACAAAGGUGAACCUGGACCUUAUGGUGCUGAAGGAAGGCAGGGAGAAAAGGGAGAUAGAGGAUUCCAGGGAGCAAUCGGAAUCAUUGGAGAAAAGGGAGACGUGGGUUUCCCAGGUGUCAAAGGAGAAAUUGGUCUUGCAGGAAUACCAGGAGAAAAAGGUGAUAGGGGACUUAUUGGACCAGCAGGUCGCCCAGGCUUAACCGUUGAGGGCGAAAAAGGUCUACCAGGAACGCCGGGCAAAAACGGUAGAGAAGGUCUGCAAGGAUUGCAUGGAGAAAAAGGAGAAAUGGGUCUACAAGGCUUCCCAGGACGAUCAGGACCUCCUGGACCUCCAGGCCCUCUAGGUCUCCAAGGACCAAAAGGAGACCGAGGCUUUGACGGAGCACCAGGCCCAAUCGGACCAGUCGGACCACCAGGUAGAUCUGGGCUCCAAGGAGCUGCAGGUUUGAGAGGAGAGAAAGGAGACCGAGGUAAUCCAGGGUUCAUGGGAGCACCAGGAGAAAAAGGAGAUCGUGGUUUGACUGGCCUACAAGGAUCACCUGGUUACCCAGGCGAGAAAGGUGACAGAGGCUACGACGGUAGUCCAGGAAGGCCCGGUCCUAUUGGACCUUUUGGGCCCAAGGGUGAUGCUGGUCCUUCAGGGCAAGCAGGUUUGUCUGGUAUCCCAGGAGAUAAAGGAGACAAAGGAGACGCAGCGCCUCAAGGCUUCCCUGGUCUGAAGGGAGAAAGAGGGCCACCAGGUAAUAAUGGUCUGCCUGGUAGUCGUGGUGAGCCUGGUCUCGAUGGAAUACCUGGAGCGCCAGGAGAGAAGGGAGAUAAAGGAGAUAGAGGCUUAACUGGCUUUGCAGGAGCUCCUGGAUUGCCUGGCGAGAAGGGAGACCGAGGUAUCGAAGGAUUGAUCGGUCUUCAGGGGUUGGUAGGAGAUAUUGGUCCGAAAGGAGAUGCUGGAGCAUCUUGUGUCGAUAUCCCUGAUUACCUCACCGGAACCCUCCUAGUCCGACACAGUCAGAGUAGGGAAGUACCACAAUGCGAGGCAGGUCAUAUCCAGCUAUGGGAGGGAUAUUCUCUCCUCUACAUUGAAGGUAACGAAAAGGCACACACCCAGGAUCUUGGUUUUGCCGGUUCUUGCAUAAGGAAGUUCUCUACUAUGCCUUUCGUAUUUUGCGACGUCAAUAACGUCUGUAAUUACGCUAGUCGCAACGACAAGUCAUACUGGUUGUCUACUAGCGCGGCCAUCCCGAUGAUGCCAGUGGAAGAAUCGCAAAUUGAAGAUUAUAUUUCGAGAUGUGUUGUUUGUGAGGCACCUGCUAACGUCAUAGCGGUUCACAGUCAGUCGCUAGCGCUUCCUGAAUGUCCCAACGGAUGGAGUUCCAUGUGGAUUGGAUACAGUUUCCUUAUGCACACUUCUGCCGGAGCAGAAGGAGGUGGGCAAUCGCUGUCCAGUCCCGGAUCUUGCCUGGAAGAUUUCAGGGCUACGCCAUUCAUCGAGUGCAAUGGUGCCCAAGGAUCCUGCCACUUCUUCGCCAAUACUCUGAGUUUCUGGCUGGCCACCAUCGACAACAACCAGCAGUUCCAGAAGCCGCAGAAGCAGACCCUCAAAGCUGGCAACGUCAGAGACAGAGUCAGCAGGUGCCAAGUCUGUAUAAGGAAUACGUAAACUGCGUCACAGUAGGUAUACAUGUCUGCUUAGGAAAUCGUUGACGGAUUUGAUGUGUCACUUACACGUUUGCGUAAGUGUAAGUGAUUCAUCGACUGUUCACUGUGUUCAACCAAUUGAAGUGUUCCUUUGAGGUACUUGAUCAUCUAUGGUGAUAACAUUUAGAUUCGGAUGACCAGGUAUGCAACCAGCACGUGAAAAUGUAUAGUUAGCUUUGUAACUUUUUAAUACUGCCGUGCCAUGUCUUUGUAACAUUUUUUUAUGUAAAGAUUUUUGUAUAGUACUUAGCAAUUAAGUUGUAUGUAUGAAAAGCAAAUAUCUUGAAUCAGGAUUGAUCACACUUCAAAUAAAUAACUACCUGUAUGUUAAAUAAGGAAAGAGACAUAUUUUUUUAAUUGAAGAAUUUAUGGUGCUAAAUAUUUCUAAAAAGAUUUAUAUGUUCGAUUUACUCACUCAAUCUUACAAUGACAUUCCUGCAAAAUUUAAUUCUUGGUUAAAUCCUCUAGUCAAUCAUAAAUACAGCGUGACAAUCUUUUUUCUUUGUUUUUUACAUUCUGGGGCUCUCAUUAAUGUUUUUAAUAAACACUGCCAUUUGUAAAAUAAACCAUUAGACAUAUAGAUAUGUAUUUUUAUUCUGUAGCAACAUGUUUCCUCCUACAUUCAUGCGUACUGUUAUUGUAUCUGAGUUGUUUAAUGUAAAUAAACUAUAUUUAAAUAAAAAAGUUCAUUGAAGAA